UUUCGAUAAACACCAGCUGACUAAUAUAUACGGAAUAUACGGAUGGACUUUAAUCUUGUACGAGUGAAUAUAUUAUUGUUUUCAUAAAAUUUCCGUUAAACAGUUCCAAGAGUGUUUCGUCAACCUAACGAUAUCGCAUUCUAGAUUCUAGAGAUCCGUAAAGAAACGAAAAUAUCUUGCCACGAUGUCCGUCUUAACAAAAGGUGUUUUUAUUGUUGCUGCAAAGCGCACCCCAUUUGGUACAAUGGGUGGCAUAUUUGUGAAUAAAAGUGCAACUGACUUGUCAAUUGUUGCUUCAACUGCUGCAAUUCAAGCGGCAGGUCUAAAACCAGAGAAGAUAGACAGUGUUAUAUUUGGACAUGUCAUGACAUCAUCAUCUUCUGAUGGGAAUUUUUUAGCAAGGCAUGUUUUAUUAAAAUCAGAAAUUCCAUUACAAAAACCAGCAUUUGGUGUAAAUAGAUUAUGUGGUUCUGGUUUUCAAUCAAUUGUUAGUGGAGCUCAGAACAUUUUAACAGGAGAGUCAAAAAUUGUUUUAACGGGUGGUGCAGAAAACAUGAGUCAAGCUCCCUUUGUUGUGAGAAACAUUCGUUAUGGAACUGUUUUGGGUCAAAAACAUGAUUUUGAAGAUUCACUCUGGCUUGGAUUACUUGAUACCUAUUGCAAUUUGCCAAUGGGUAUAACUGCAGAAAAACUAGGUGCUCAAUAUAAUUUAAAGAGAGAGGAAGUUGACCAGUUUGCCUUAAGUAGUCAACAGCGCUGGAAAGCUGCUAAUGAUGCGGGUCGUUUUAAUGAAGAAAUAGCUCCUGUACAGGUAAAAAUUAAGAAACAGGAUACAGUUGUCAAUGUGGAUGAGCAUCCGCGUCCACAAACAACAAUAGAAACCCUUGCUAAACUAAAACCAGUUUUCCAAAAAGAUGGAUUAGUAACAGCUGGUUCUGCAUCGGGAAUCUGCGAUGGUGCUGGUGCUAUUAUUUUAGCAAGCGAAGAAGCAAUCAAGACAGAAGGCUUGAAACCAUUGGCGCGUUUGAUUGGAUAUAGCAUUAUUGGGGUAGAACCAAGUAUUAUGGGAAUUGGUCCCGCACCAGCAAUCAAGAACUUGCUUAAUCUUACGGGCAAAACACUUGAUGACAUAGAACUGGUUGAGAUCAAUGAAGCAUUUGGAGCACAAACUUUGGCUUGUGCAAAGGAUCUUAAUCUUGAUUUAAAUAAAUUGAAUGUGGACGGUGGUGCUAUUGCUUUGGGACAUCCAUUGGCAGCUUCUGGUAGCAGGAUCACUGCUCAUUUGGUGCAUGAACUUAGGAGGCGGAAGGCUGGAAAGUUUGCUAUCGGUUCCGCUUGUAUUGGUGGCGGCCAAGGCAUUGCUGUGAUGGUAGAAGCGCUAUAAUUAACUGAAAAGACUGAUUUACUAAAUUUCUUCGAAAAGUUUAAUGUUAAACAAAUAUCGCGAAAUAAUAAAAAAAGUAAUAGUACGCGAUAAAAUUUAUCAAUGCCAAACAGACAAGAUUAAUAAUUCUUUAUCGUUGAUAAUUCUUUAUCGUUGAUAAUAAACAUACAAAAUUAAUAAUUCUUUAUCAUUGAUAAUACAUAAUAAUUU